AAGAAAAUGUCAGUCAGCAUGCAUGAAAAUCGCAAAUCUAGGGCCAGUACUGGCUCCAUAAACAUAUACUUGUUCCACAAGUCAUCCUACGCUGAUAGUGUCCUUACCCACCUGAACCUUCUGCGCCAGCAGCGUCUCUUUACAGAUGUACUUCUCCAUGCUGGGAACAGGUCAUUCCCCUGCCACAGAGCUGUUUUAGCUGCUUGCAGCCGCUAUUUUGAAGCGAUGUUCAGUGGAGGACUGAAAGAGAGCCAGGACAGCGAAGUCAACUUUCAUAAUUCUAUUCACCCAGAAGUCUUGGAGCUUCUUCUGGACUAUGCAUAUUCCUCCAGGGUUAUCAUCAAUGAGGAGAAUGCAGAGUCACUGCUGGAAGCUGGCGACAUGCUGGAGUUUCAGGACAUUCGAGAUGCUUGUGCAGAAUUUCUGCAGAAAAAUCUUCAUCCCACCAACUGUCUGGGGAUGCUGCUGCUGUCAGAUGCUCACCAGUGCUCCAAGCUGUAUGAGCUCUCGUGGAGGAUGUGUCUUAGCAACUUCCAGAGUAUCAGUAAAAGUGAAGACUUCCUCCAGCUGCCAAAAGACAUGGUAGUGCAGCUCCUCUCCAGUGAAGAAUUAGAAACUGAAGAUGAAAGGCUGGUGUAUGAAUCAGCUAUCAACUGGGUCAACUAUGACCUGGGUAAGCGCCAUUGUUUUCUACCUGAGCUAUUGCAGACAGUGAGACUGGCCCUCUUGCCAGCCAUAUACCUGAUGGAGAAUGUGGCCAUGGAAGAACUUAUCACCAAGCAAAGGAAAAGCAAAGAGAUUGUAGAAGAAUCGAUAAGGUGCAAGUUAAAGAUCUUACAGAAUGAUGGAGUGGUCACUAGUUUGUGUGCCAGACCCCGUAAAACUGGCCAUUCACUUUUUCUUUUGGGUGGCCAAACCUUUAUGUGUGACAAGCUGUACCUGGUGGACCAAAAGGCAAAGGAGAUAAUUCCAAAGGCCGACAUACCAAGUCCACGGAAAGAGUUCAGCGCUUGUGCUAUAGGCUGCAAAGUGUAUAUCACUGGGGGACGAGGAUCAGAAAACGGGGUCUCCAAAGAUGUCUGGGUGUAUGACACCCUUCACGAGGAGUGGUCCAAGGCUGCUCCCAUGCUGGUAGCUAGGUUUGGACAUGGCUCUGCCGAGCUUAAGCACUGUUUGUAUGUAGUAGGAGGACACACCGCAGCAACUGGUUGCCUUCCAGCUUCCCCUUCAGUAUCCUUAAAGCAAGUAGAACAAUAUGACCCUGUGACCAACAAAUGGACCAUGGUUGCCCCAUUGCGAGAGGGAGUAAGCAAUGCAGCUGUAGUCAGCGCAAAGCUUAAGCUGUUUUCUUUUGGAGGUACCAGCGUUAGCCAUGACAAGCUGCCCAAAGUUCAGUGCUACGAUCAGUGUGAAAACAGAUGGACAGUACCAACCACCUGCCCCCAGCCCUGGCGCUACACAGCUGCAGCUGUUCUGGGUAACCAGAUUUUUAUUAUGGGCGGAGAUACUGAAUUCUCUGCGUGCUCCGCUUACAAAUUCAACAGUGAGACAUACCAGUGGACUAAGGUGGGAGAUGUGACAGCCAAGCGAAUGAGUUGCCACGCAGUGGCAUCUGGAAACAAAUUGUAUGUGGUUGGAGGCUACUUUGGCAUUCAGAGGUGCAAAACAUUGGACUGCUAUGAUCCCACGUUAGAUGUAUGGAACAGCAUAACAACUGUGCCCUAUUCACUAAUUCCCACGGCAUUUGUCAGCACAUGGAAGCAUCUCCCCUCCUAAUUGUGUGUAUGUUGCAAUGAUAAAUUAUCAGUUUACUUUAUUUGGAGAAGAGAAUUGGAACCUCAGAUCUGGAGAAAUGGUUUUAAUGAAGAAAAAUCAUUCAGUGUCUCUUGCAUUUGAAGAAAAUCAUCUGCACCUUGUAAAUUAUCUAACCCAGACAUGAAGGAAUGGGAGGAAAAAAACCAACUGUCUUCAGUGCUUCAGCACAUGGUUUAAAUAUGAAUGGACAAACCUGUGAUCUGGUCCUUGUGCUAGUAAUUGUGGAUUAAUGCCAAUAUUAAUCAGUCCUUCAAAGGAGAAAAAGAAGAGACAGAACUUCUCUGAGCUAUG